AUGACAUCGUCAGUGCUUCAUCGACCAUGGUCACCUCAUGCAAGCACGUCUGGAGAGCCAAAUCUUCCCAUGCAAGCGUUAUCAUCUGCCUCGCCAUUCCUGUUUAUGAACGUUGUUACGCCUUCGCCGGCGGGUAUUGACAAGAGCUACAACAUUCCCAAAUGGAAACCGUUUGGUGCUUGCGCGCUUCUAGAAGUGGCGCGCGCGUUCCGCCAAGUCGACGAGCGAGCUGGAUAUAAGAGAUGUUUCAUACGCCUCGCCAAUGUCCUCUCUGUCUACAGAGAAGCAGGACCAUCUCCAUCAUUCGUCAAGUCCGUUCAUUAUCACGUCGUGCCAGCCGCGCGCGGCGACCGUCGCCAGGUUCUGCAGCUUCUACACCAAGGCCGGCUGAGGACGACUUUCAAGUCCGGGCUUGCUAAUUUGGCCAAGAAGAAUUCUCUUCACGAAGAGGUGUAUGAGGAUGCACUGCCACUGCCAGUCGACAAGAACGCCCAUCAUGGUAAAGUUAUCCCAGGGCUGGGUAAAACGGGAACCUGGCUGCGUGAAGAAUUUGGAAGCGGAAAGAGGACAAAGAAAAUAUUUGGACGCGCACCUUGGAAUCGGAAAGAUUCUACUGCCACUUUCAGCAGCGUUUCUAGCUCCAUAAGAGAAGUACUCCGCGGGUACACUCCGCCAGCAUCGCCACAUUUAGCCGCGAAUAAUGCUGCCUACUUCAACAAUAAAUGGAUGACGAAUACAUUUCCGGGUGGAGAAGCGAUGCGUGUGAGCACGCCUCCGAUGGACGAGGACACUGCAGACGGCAGGCCCCGCGGCUUCUUUGGUCCACUGACGCCACCAGAGCCCGGAACAGCCGAUUCUCAGACUUACAUGACACCGAUGACUUCCUUCGCCAGCCCGAAGUACAAUGCCCACCGAAUGAGCAUGGCUGUCCCGUCAAGGGAAUGGUGGGAGGCGAAACCCCAGAAGUCGCCACGCCAUGACGAUCCGAGCAAAGUCGCCAGGUUUGAGUUUGAUAUCCCUGAGCAUCUUCCCAAUAGCCCCAUGUGUCCUGCAAAUCUGCGCCAUAAACAUGGUGGUACUGGGUUAUGCGUCUAUCACGGUCGUAGGAGAGCAUUAUCUACGGUCAGCGACGAAGGCCCAAAGCGACGAGACUCGAAGAGCACCUGCUAA